AACAAACAGCGGUCGAUUGAACACACACAAGAAUACACACAGCGGGAGUUGGUGCUUUUAUGCGCGGGCUAACCGAAAGUAGAGUCAUACUCGAACAGUACUGCAGACGGCAAUAGCGAUCGCGAACAAGUACAUGUACGAGCGAUCACCACCAAUUUGAGGACUAUAUUUUGACAUCAAUCGAAAAACUUGUCUGAAUGUCAACAAGUUCCAGUUAAUUUUGAACAUUCAGCAGGGGUAGAGGAGAUAUUUGCUUUAAUUUGGGAUUAAAGCAGAAACUUAAGACUGUGUUUAGACCCGAAAAGAUGAUAUCGAGAAGAGGACAGGGAGAGGCCGAGAAGUUUUAGUCAACAGAGAACAAGAUGGCAAGUCGUCGGUCUCGUGGAGACCGCUACUCGUCUAGCGUCAGUGCCAUGUCGGGCGUUUCGUCUAACGGAUCGGCCGGCACCUUGGAUUACUCUUUGAACCUCGCUAGCUCACUCUCUCCUGGAAGUAGCAUAUCAUUCCUCGGCAAAACUCCAGUGAUGCAAGCUGCAGAGAUCAAAGACUUGUUGAAGUCAAGGCUAGCAUAUUUGUCAGGUGGAAAGGACAGGCAUGGUGGACCAGUCAUCUCAUUCCCUUCACAAGCCUCAGAAGUUUCCAUCGAAGACAUCGCUACCACCAUCACCUAUCUUGCCUCGUUACCAAGUACUGAGAGCAAGGCCCAUGGCUUCAGUCUACUGGUGGACAUGAGAGGGUCGGCAUGGCAACCCAUCAAAGUGGUCAUGAAAGUUCUUCAGGAGACACUGGCAGCUGGUAUCAGUACUAUCUACAUUCUCAAGACUGAUGAACGUCAGAGGUCCAAUCUUGGAAUCAAGAAAGACAAAUCACAAAUGUUUGAGACAAUCAUCCUAUCAUCACCUUCUAAGCUUACAAAGUACCUUGACACUAGUCAGCUGACAGAGGAGUUUGGAGGCUCUUUCGACUACAAUCAUCAGGAGUGGCUGCAGAACAGACUAGAAUUUGAGAAGUUCUUGAAAGACUCCAGUCUUACUGAGAAGCGCCUUGAGCAAGCUCAUGAGGAGCUUUUAUCUCGGCAAGAUGAGAGAUUGACUCCUGAGGAUCAGCUACGUCGACAGAAACGAUUGAGGGAGGUCGUCAUCGAGCAACCAAGCAGUGUGCUACAACUUGGCCAUUCCCUUAGUCGACGUUUGGAGACGGAUUCUGGUUUUCAGCGACAAGGUGGUGACCAGGGCUUCGGAACAGAGGACCAGCUGCUGAUGCACCGAGAGGUGGACCAGCGACUUAACGCCCUUCAACAGAAACAGAACCAACUCAGGAUGUACCUAGCCGAGAGAGAUAGAGAGCUGGGAGUCCACAUGCAACUGGGCGAUAUGGAGAGUGGCAUUAAAAAGGUAAUAGACUGGAUAGUAGGACCAGGAGAGAAGCUCUUAUCAUCACACACAGACAUCGGCAAUGACUACAAAACUGCUGAGAAACUCAGGAGAGAGCAUGAGAAAUUGGAGCUCAAAUGCACAGAUAUUUAUGGUAACUAUGCUGAGCUUCGUCAUGUAGCAGACUCCAUCAUAAAGAGCGGCCAUCCCCAUGCGGGGGACAUCAGCGCCCAGAAGGACUACCUGGAUACGGUCUGCCGUAGCUUUGCAUCUCGUCUGGAGAGGAGGCGGAACCUCGUCAUUGGUUCUGUCAGGUUCCACCGAUUAUCACAAGAAGCAUUUUCCAAACUAGCAGACCUACUAGAACUAUGCACAGGGGAAGUUGAAGUAGAUUCUGUUGAGAGCACAGAAGAGGCACUCAGACUUCUCCUAGACAACUUUGACAACUCAAUGUACACUACAGACCGAGCCAUUCGUGAGGGGAAGAGCAUCCUUGAGAUGAUGGGCCUACCCAUCAAGAAUGCCUUCGGUAAGGACAUCACACCGAACUACGACAAGCAUGUUGAUCAUGUUGAGCGCAUUUUGGCCGAGUUAGAAGGUCGCAGGAAUCGAUGUCGCGACCUGGCCGAGGUCAGAAGGCUAAAGCUACAGCAGUUGCUACAGCUGAAAACCUGCGAGAGAGAUGCUGAACAGGCUAUAUCAUGGCUCCUGGAGCUGCUUGAUAACAUGCUGCUGCAGCACAUAGAGGUCGGGAGGUCAGCAGACGAAGCCUCCUCUCUCAAAGAUGAACACACUAAAUUUGAAACUACUGCAAGGGAAACGUAUGACUACGGUCUAAACCUCCUACGCACCUCUCUGAUGCUGAGACGUUCACUUCACAUGAACCUUGAACCAAGUCAGGACAAGUCACAGCGUCUUGAGGCAGCCUGGUACCAGUUCUCACAGGCCCUUGGAGAGAGAUCCUCAAGGCUUUCAGUGUCUCUCAUGUUCCAAAGAAAUGCUGAGAAGUUGAUAUCCUAUAUGGACAAACUGUGCCAGGAGGUGGCGCCGAGAGUUGCAUCACACAGCGGUGAUACAGGAAAUCGUCACCUCCUGGGCUAUGAACCAAGACGUCGUGCCCUGCUUCGUCAGUACCAAGAGGCAGCAGCUAUGGGACAGGCUCUCCUAGACAGGCUUGCUCUACCGGUGGUUUCUCCCGACAGGGCUUCCAGAUCCAACAUGAGAGUCGUACCCGAGCAGCUCCAGCCGGCAGCUGACCACCUGGCACAGAAGAUGGCCGAGCUGGAGACCAAGCGGAGGGAGAUGGAGCUCCUCUUUGGUGACACUGAAGGUGGCUCCAUGUUCACCCCUACCUCCUCCACCUCCUCCCUGGCUCCAGGUGCUGUCCUCCAUGGGGAGCCCAUCCCAGAGAUGGACUGGGACGUAGUGGCUAAGAAGGACGUGCCCGUUGAAGAGGUCGCACCCAUCGUAGCGCAGAAACAACAGUCUGUGAUGUCUGCUCCUCCUCCACCGGGUCUCAAUGGCAGGAUGAAUGGACGACUGAAUGGCAGUCACAGCAGCUUGAACGGGAGCCGUUCCAGUCUCAACAGGAUGCCUUCUUCUGGAUCACCUAGUCUCUAUGGCAUCAGGCCAGAAGAUGAGGCGCUGAGACGACUCAAGGAGUUUGAGAACAGAGUGAAAGGGUCAGCAGAAUGGAUCCAAGUAAGAGUAGAAGACAUGGUACCAAGGAUGACAGAGAUCGGGACAAACCUGGAGGAGGCCCAGAAUCUCAAGACACAACACGAGGAAGUCAUUAAAAAUCUUGUGGCCAAGCAAGACCAGAUCGGUAGUCUCCUGAGCCAGGCUGACAACCAAGUCUCCACACAGCAGUUCUAUGGAGACGUCUAUGCAGCUAUGGCCAAGAGCCUGGGACAAGCCUGGCAGGACCUUACCAAACAGAUGCAAGUCAGACAGAAGCUAUUGGACCAGGCUGUGGAAUUCUACCAGGGUGCCAAACAGUUCAAUGACAAUCUAGCUGAUGGAAUCAGAGAAUGCCGGACCAUGACUCUCCCUUCAGAUCCAAGAGGGGUAGAGAGUCAGUUACAGAGAAGCAGGCAAAUCAAGAAAGAUAUGCUCGAAGGCUCUAUGCAGGUCAUGUCUCAAGGUCGUGACCUGUUAGACAACCUGCGUGACCUCGGCAGCAAAGCCGGCGACGACUCGCGCCGUGCCACCAUGGUAUCCUGCCAGGGUGUGGAGAAAGCUAUGGAAGACAUCCAAGACAAGCGACGUCUUCUGGAUGACCUCUGGCUGGAGAGGUCACGAAAGCUGGAUCAGUUCCAGCAUCUCCGUGACAUUGACACUGAGGUCACCAAGAUAUCUAACUGGUUCAGGACUCAAGGUGAGAUGUACCUGCAGAAGAGAAACAUUGGUCGGAGUGAGAACGAGUGUUCGGAUCUGCUCAAGCAACAUCAAGGAUUUGAAGUGGCUGCUGCGGAUGUUCAAAACAGUGUGGCAAACCUUCUGGCUACAUCAGAGCAGGUACGCCAUUCUUCUCCGGAGAGCACAGAGAGACUUCGUAGCCAGACCAGAGCUAUAGACACCCUGUGUGAAGACUUCAUGAGUCGGUUGGGUGAGAGACGGAACACCCUGCAACGUGCCCAUGACUUCUACCGCAAUGCAGAACUGGCUAAGACAUACCUGAGUCGACUUGGAGUGCAGUUGUCUCAGGAGAGACUCCCCAAGGAUGAAUGGUCCAGGUCAAACCGACUUGAGAAACUCAACAAUGCCAUCUCAGAGAUCUCGACUCCAGUCCUCGCUGAGGGCCGCUCCCUUCUCAAUCAGGUUGGUCUGAGCACACCAGGAGCUGAAGCGGUCAAGGAGAACAUGGCUGAAAUUCAGGCAAAGUGUGUUGACCUGCAAAAUCACGCCCGCCCAGAGCUGAGAGAGCAGGCAGAGAUGCAGGCGACCUUUGAAGAGAAGUACACCGUCUUGAUCAAGUGGCUGGUCAAUGUUGGAGACGCCUUCUUGAUGGCCAACAAUGACAUGGGAGACCAGAUGCAAACCACCAUGGACUUCCUGGAUGGACAUGAUAAACUACUCACAGAAGUCAGGGAGAAGUCAACUCAGGUGGACACUGUGAUUGGGAUUGCCACCAAGUUGGGUUCCAAGAACCGGUUCACUCCAGAGCAAACCAACAAACUGAAGCAGCACUGGACCAGGGUGACUGUCACUGUAGAGAACAGAGUCAGAGCAGCUCACAUCUUGAUCAAAUUUCACAAAGUUGCCAAGCAGCUUGGCAACGCCAUGGAAAACAUGGAGACGAUGUUGAGGUCUGAGGAGACGAGGGAUGUGAAGCGAAUGAAGAAGACUACGAUGCAACACAUCCAUGAGAAAUGGAACCAGAUGGUAGAGAUCAACAUCCAGCUUGACAACACUGGCCAUACUUUCAAGAAUGAAAUCCACAAGCUUGUCAAUGAUACAGAACUGGUCACCAAGUCAUCCAUCCACUAUGUGGAGCUGACCAUUAGGUCCUUUGGAGAGCGUAAGAUCUACCUAGAUGACCUCUACGAUUCUCUCCAUCAGAAAUACUCUGCAGAGGAGACGUUCAAAUCCCAGUGGGAACACUUCGUCAGAGAUGCAAGAAAGACAAUUGAGUUUGUGAUCAACAUGGAGGGUAAUGUGUUCCCCAGACUGACUGCUGAUGCUCAAUCCUUGGCUGAUGUCAAACAGAAGAAGAUUGACUCCUUCCAAGAGACUGUCACGAGAGUAACCACUGAGAUCCAGAUGCGAUUGAAGACUGCGGAGAUGCUCGCUGCCAAGGGAGAUACAGGAGGAGAGAAAGAACAGAUCGUUGAGAGACUCACAUCUGCUCAUCAUCGCUUCAUGAACAGAGUUGGAGAAUACCAGAUUGUGUUGACGUUGAGCAUCGACUUCUACCAGAAAGUCAACAAGGUCAACAAGACUAUGGAUGAGGCGAUUGCUUCUUACCAUGAUGUCCCAUUACCAACACACACUUCAGAAGCUCAGAUCAGACUUCAGCAGCAUGAGGAAGAGAAACGUUAUAUCACAGAACUGUACACUACUGCUGCCAGGAAAGGAGAUGAAGUCAUUGCAAAGAUUAGACAAUCGGAUCCUGUCUCUCCAGCCAGGAGGGAUAUUGAAGAAACCAUCCAUGCUAUGGAGGAGAGGAAGGAGCACUGGCUGAAUGAGUGGAGCCGAUACAGGCAACGUCUCACCAAGGCUGGUGAAGACACAAGCCUCAAGCUUCUCAAGUCAGAGUUCAUCAUUCAUCUUCAGCGUGCGGAGGAUGAACUGGAUGGAAUGAAGAAGAGCAGAGAAUCGGUCUCUCUCACCAUCGAGAAGUUCCAGGAUUGGGAGGCUCAGAUCAAGGUUUUGGAGGACCAAUAUCAGCACUACCUGAGCACCGCUCACAUCGCCCUGAAGGGCAAACCAGCAGACAAACCUAGUAUUCAGAAAGACAUCCAGGAGGUUCACACAUACUGGAGUAGCUUCACGAAGAAUGUUGACGAUUACAGGAAGAAGAUGGAACUAGUGGUCAAUCUACGCAAGCAAUACACAACUCUGGUGAGCAAUCUGAAACUUGCCGAUCGUCAGCUCCAGGACCUGCAGCAGCCCAGAGUCUCAGAGACGCUCACCAUCGAGAAGUUCCAGGACUGGCAGGUCCACAUCAAGGACCUGGAGAAGGAGUACGCCAGCUACGUGAGCAGGGCCAACGUCGUGCUGGACCAGGCACCUCCUGCCUCGACCCUGAUCGAGAGAGAACUGAACGAGGUCAAGAACUUCUGGGUCGGCUUCAACAAGUCGGUCCAGGACUACAGGGAUAAGAUGCAGCUGGUUGCAAACAUCAGGAUGCAGUACAAGACUUUGAUCUUGAAUAUGGAGCAAGCAGAAGAUGACCUGAAUGAGCUUGAGAGCACACCUCACUCGUCAUCUCUCAUCAUUGAGAAACAUGAAUCAUGGGAAGCACAUAUCAAGGUCCUGGAAGACGAGUACAAGAAAUACCUGAGCUCUGCCCACAUUGCUCUCGACCGUAGGCCUCCCUCUGCUGGCGUGAUUGAGAAAGACAUAGCCGAGGCAGAACGCUACUGGUCUAAGCUUCACAGACAGAUAACUGACUACAGACAUAAGGUGGAGGUCAUCUUCAACAUCCACAAGAGAUUCAAGACGUUGGCUGUCCGAAUCCAGAAGGCCACCAAGCACCUUGGAGAACUCAAGACUGACUAUGGAGAGAAGGCAGAAGACCUGCCAGAAGUCCAGAGGAAGUUUGCCACUUUUGAGCAAGACAUGAAGCCAAUCGCGGUAGAACACAAGGACUUUGUGAACGUAGCCACUGCUGCCCUUGCUAAGAACCCUCCUAAUGCCUCUGCCAUCAAGAGGGACAUUGAUGAUGUCAACCGCUUCUGGAGCAAGCUGAGUGUUUCUCUGGAAGACCAGCGCAAGAAGCUCAAGACUGCGCCAAAGUUCCAUGAUCUCUACAAAACUGUUGUGGAGUGGCAGGUGAAAGCAGAGGAUCUACUGGUGGCUGUUGGCCAGAAGAAACCUCUCUUCACUGCACAGGAACAGGCAGCAGAGACAUUGGAAGAGGUGGAAGACUUCAUUGAGAAAGGAGAUGCCAGACAGAAAGCAAGGCUCUUCAAACUGAAUGAGAUGGCCAUUGAGCUAUACAGUCACAAGGUACCACCUCGUGUCACCUCAACUGUCAAGACAAACCGUGAGCUCCUUGAUGCUCUUCAGGUCACCAACGAUGAACUCUUCGCCCUUGCCAACAACCUACCCCGACAAACUGUUCCAGUACAAGCCAAACCAGACGAGACAGUACUACCUCAAAUCCAACGAACGGUGCAAACGGUACCGCUGUUCCAAUCCCAGAAACCCGUGCCGGCACCGCCAGGUCGGGUAAACGAGUCCGUGGAACCGACCAGUCAAAAGCCGGUGGAGACAAAGCCCUGGCAGCCACCACCACCACCUAAAGCAGUGCAGGAGAGUGUGGUACCACAGUACCAGAAGCCAGUGCAGAUGAAGCAGUGGAAUGCACCUCGUCCUGUGCGUCAGGUAGCAGAGAUCAUCCUCCCUGAGGAACAUACAAGCGAUGCAGAGAUGCCAUUGGACAGACUCCCAGAGAAGAGUACCAAGUCCAUUAAGCUUGUCCAACCUGAAUCGCCUAUAACACAGACCAGGAAGGAGCCGGUAGAAGCCUUCCUAACCUUCCCAGCACCGGAACCAGAACCCCCCAAGCCAGUUGGUUAUGCUCCUUACUUCACCAGGAAGAUCAGGGACAACCUUGUCAAGCAAGGCAGAGCAACUCAAUUGGACUGUGUUGUGAAGGGAGACCCUGCGCCCGAGGUGGAGUGGUUCAAGGAUGGUGUUCCCGUCCGUACGUCCAAUAAUCUGAGAGUGGAGUGCGGAGACGCAGGUAUCUGUGCCCUGAGCUUCUACAACACUCAGCCUGAAGCGGCAGGAGUGUACUCCAUCAAAGCUUUCAAUGUGAUCGGUGAAGCAGUGUGCAAAGCUGAGCUGCACGUACAAGCUGUACAGGAGGAAUUUGUGCUGCCUAAGGAGGUACCUAAGGUAUCCACAGGGCACAUCAAGCUGACUCACAAUGCUACCAUGCCUAAGUUCAUCGAGAUCCCUGGGGACAAGAAUGUAGAAGAGGGCAAGCCUCUUAUCUUGGAAGUCACUGUGGAUGCCUACCCGCAACCUAACGUAGUAUGGUCCAAGGAUGGUAUCAAGGUGAAAGGAGAACCUUACAUCCUGAAGGUAGAUAAGAAGACACACACCCUCAUCAUCCCAGAGGCUGAUCUGGAGGAUGAAGGCAUCUUCAUCUGCACGGCAACCAACCCUGCGGGUAGGGCGGAGUGCAUCAUCCAGGUCAAAGUCAAUGAAGCUGAGGAGCCCCCAGUGUUCCUUACCCCAUUGGUGAAUGCUCAGGCCAAGAAGGGAACCCCAUUUGCCUUUGAGUGUGUGCUGAAGGGAGACCCAGUGCCUGUGGUAGAGUGGCUUAAAAACAACAAACCUGUCAAGGAAGAAAACCCUGACUACAAUCUCAAGCGCAACACCGAGACCGGUGUCUGUAGACUCGAGAUCGAUGAAGUCUUCCCCGAGGAUGCGGCCAGGUACAGCUGUCGUGCGACCAACGAGGCUGGCAAAGCGGAAACCACCUGUAUGCUGUCUGUAAUGGGUCUAGAUGACGAUGAUUUAAGGGCGCCGGUCAUCAUAUCCCACCCCGAAGACAUGACCUUACAAGAAGGCGACCCUAUUCGUCUCACUUGCCAAAUCGGCGGGGAGUUGCCCCUCUCCGUCAAUUGGUUCAAAGAGGACGAAGCACUUGAUGAAGCGGGUGAAUUCCUGAUGACCUUUGAUGACCAAGAAGGUCUUGCUGUGCUCAAAGUGAAUGAGUCUUUCGCGGAGGACGAAGGGGUGUAUACCUGUCAGGCCACUAACGCUUGGGGGCGCACUGCAUCGAGUGCAAACUUAAUCGUUGUAACUGCCGUGGAUGAAAUAGACGCUGCUGCUGCUGACGUCAGUCCUAAACACGAAGCUGCCUGCAUCCUCUCCAAAUUAGAAAAUGUGACGGUCCAAGAGGGCGCUCCAUUUAAGCUAGCAUGCGUGGUUGAUGGUAUCGCACCAAUCACAGCCCAGUGGUACAAAGGUGAAGAAGCGCUAGACGAAGGGUACGAAUACGUCAUGAAAUUCCAAAGUAACAUGGCGACCUUGCACGUCAAUGAGUCGUUUCCCGAAGAUUCAGGCAUGUACACUUGCCGGGUGACGAACGCGAUCGGAAGUGACGAGUCGUCGGCUCAAGUAACAGUUCUUGAGGAUUCAUCCCCCACUGCACCCUGGAUCCAACCUCUGAAGCUAGAGUCCAACUCAUUGGAGAUCCCUGUUGGUCAACCCAUCAAGCUGGCCUUCAAGGUGUCCGGUAACCCAGAGCCUACGGUCACCUGGCAUCACAAUGACCGCCCACUUAGACCAGAUGGAAGAAUCAAGGUUGUGAAGGAGGAUACCACUUACACAAUGCAGAUCAGUCGAUCAGAGCCUGACGACACCGGCAGGUACACCAUCAGAGCUGAGAAUGAGAGCGGACAUGAGUCAUCCAGCGUUGAAAUCAAUGUGCCACGCCCACCUGUUGUCAUACCUAUCAAUCAAGAGGAGGUCCAGAGUGCCCCAGCUCCUGCAACCAAGACUCCACCAGGUACAGCACCUAGGUUCAAGACCAGGCUCAAGGACAUGGUGGUACCUGAUGGUCAGCCAUUUGAGCUCAUAUGCAAGGUGGCUGGUAUGCCUGUACCUGAUAUCAUCUGGUAUAAAGAUAACAAGGAGCUGUCAAAGGAAGAGCCCCAGUAUGAGCUGAGCUUCAUGGAGAGCGUUGCUAGCCUGGAUGUCAGGGAAGCUUUUCUGGAGGAUGCGGGUCUCUACACCUGCCAAGCGACCAACUAUCUCGGCCGAGACGUCACGUCAGGAAGGGUGGAAGUCAAGUCUUUACCCCAAGCCCCACCCGUCAUCAAACCUAUCUCACAUCAGUCCAGCCAUCUUGAUAUACCGGUAGGCCAGCCCAUCGUGCUCAAGUUUAGGAUUGAGGCCUUUCCUCCUCCAGUGGUACGCUGGUAUCAUGAUGGGGUACCUGUAAAGGAGACUCCUGAAAUGGAGAUCAUCAAUGAAGAGACAGACUACAAACUGGUAAUCAAGGAGGCCAAGCCUGAGUAUGCUGGUACCUACACAGUCGUAGCAGAGAAUGACAAGGGCCAGGAGUCCACAUCCAUCGAGAUUGAUGUUGUGCCUCCAGAAACACAGAUGGAGGUGGUACCAGUAAAGGCAGAGCCAGCAUUUGCCCCUCUACAGUCCCGCUUCUUCACCCAGCCCGACGCCAUGCCCGUCAUGGGUGCAGCCAUGCCCCCUCGCUUCCAGAGCCGUCUCAAGGACAUCGAGGUGUCUGAGGGUGAACCCAUUGAGAUCGCCAUCCGCGUCACCGGGCAACCAGCACCCCGCAUCACGUGGUACAAGGAUGACGAACCCAUCAAUGGGAAGCCUCAGUAUGAGAUGAGCUUUGUGGAGAGCGUUGCUAGGUUGGAUGUGAGGGAAGCCUUCCUGGAGGAUGAGGGACGGUAUGUCUGCAAGGCGACCAACCCUGCAGGGCAGGAUACCACCACUUGCCAGAUCACUGUCAAUGUGAAUGCUGCCCUCACCCCAGCGCCCCACGUCGUCCCUCUCCAGACUCAAUUCAGCCAUCUUGAUAUCCCUGUGGGCCAACCAAUCAGGCUUCACUUUAGGAUCAGGGGACAGCCCCCUCCUAAGGUCACAUGGCUACAGAACGAUGUAGAGAUUGUCGAGACAGAAGAAGUUGAGAUCAUCAAAGAAGAGACAGUGCACACCUUGGUGAUCAAGAACCCUAGGCCAGAUGCAGGAGGCAAAUACACGGUGGUUGCAGAGAAUGAAAGAGGCACAGAGACUGUCAACAUUGUCAUCAAUGUCUCUGGAGUCACGGUUCCUAUGCCAGGUCCAGGACCAAUCGUUGUUAGACCAGCCCAGCCAAUCGUCUUCACCGAGCACCUAACAGACAAGCAGGUUGUUGAGAGCACUGAGAUCAAGCUCAGAGUGAGGAUUGAGGAGAAGCCCUCGGCUCAGGUGCAAUGGUUCUUCAACAACACGCCUAUCCAACCCUCCGAUCGGGUUGAAUUUGUGCGUGAUGGCGAUGUCUACUACCUCGUCAUCAAGAGGCCCACGUCUGGUGAUGCAGGAUUGUACCAGUGUAGAGCAGAGACUGAGGUCAGUGUGGUGACCACGGAAUGUACCAUCAUGGUCAAUGAUAAACAAUCGCCUGAUUUCAUUGCUCCUCUAGAGAGCGUGGUUGCAUCUGAGGGCAGUACCAUCAGGCUCGAGUGUCGUAUGUCGGGAUCACCUGCCCCCACUGUGAAGUGGACAAAGGACGAGCGCUCCAUCACGGAGACGUCUCGGGUCCGUUUCCUCACAGAGGGCGAUAGACAGAUCCUGAUGAUCAUCCAGGUUCGGCCAAGUGAUGCUGGCAACUACCGCAUCACUCUCACCAACGACUUUGGCGUAUCAGUUUCUUCUGCAACUCUUCUCAUUGACGAUGCAAGAACCUCCCAUGCCGUCCUGUUCAUAAGAAAAGGAGAUAAAGACGCUGAUGACCGGCCAACCAUCGUAAUCCGACUGAAUGACCUUGAGGUCCAGCCUGGUGACCAAGCACAGUUCAGGGUUAAAAUUCAAGGCAGCCCUCAGCCUACUGUACAAUGGUUCAAGAACAGUAUUGAGAUCAAGACUCACUCCUACAUUGAGAUCAGCCAAUCUGGGGAUCACAACAUGCUAACAAUCCCCAAGGUUGGGGCACAGGAUGCUGGAACCUACAGCGUAGUAGCAACAAAUGAGAAAGGAAGAGAUGUUUCUGGAGCAACUCUUGUUGUUGAUGUGCCCAAAACUCCAAAAGCUGCGCCUCACUUUGCCCAGACAUUUGGCAACCGCCGCUGCUACGAGGGUGAAUCUCUGACCUAUGAGUGCCGCAUCACAGGCGACCCAAAGCCUUCCGUCGCUUGGUUCAAGGAUGGCGUCAAAGUUGAGCAAGGUGUCUUUCAAAUCUCUGAAGAUGGCCAGUUUUACAAACUGGAAAUCGUGGAGGUCUUUGACGAAGAUGCCGGUGUUUACGAGUGCCGCGCCAAGAACGAUUACGGGGAAGCUAUCUGUGUUGCGACGUUGCGUAUCAAAGGUCUGGCGUUUGCCAGUGAAGAUGAUUACUCUGAAAGCAUUGAGACAACUACUACCACCACCACUCAGGUAGUUUAUAGCUCCGCGGCCAUGAGCCGGGGGCGCAUCGGGCAAGAGGAGGCGCCAAAGUUUACUCAACCGCUCAAAAGCGUCUCUCCAAAGGAGGGACAGGCCGCUACCCUACAGGCGGAGCUCAAGGGUCACCCUGAGCCCACCAUCAAAUGGUUCAAAGAUGACAAGGAAUUGAAGAGUUCGCCAAAGUACAGCAUCUCUUUUGCGAAGGGCAAGUGCUCGCUGAAAGUCAGCAAGACCUCCGCAAAGGACAAUGGCCAGUACAAGUGCACUGCCGAUAAUAAGUGCGGAAAUGCAAUGUGCUCUGCCACAUUGCAGAUCCAAGGUGAUUCUAAGCCACCAGAAAUUGUCACGGGUCUUAAGGGUCAGGAAAAGACUGAAGGUGACUCUGUUCGGUUCGAGGUCAAGAUCACCGGCACCCCAAAACCGGACGUGAAAUGGUUCCAGAACGGUGACGAACUGAAGAACUCCAUCGAUAUUCAGAUCUCGGAUGAGGGUGACAGGUACAUUCUUGUGAUUCCGGAAGUUUUUGACGAGGACGCUGGCGAUUACUCCGUCCGCGCCGAGAACGCCGCCGGUAUCUCGACAUCGCAGACCAUUCUGAAGAUCAGGAGUAAGUCCGACACUGCUCCUACUGAAGAGGUUAAGCCGCAACCACCACCACAAGAACAACCAUUGCAGCAACAACCUCAGCAGAAGGAGGAGUCAGCACCACCACCACCACCACAAGAAGAGGUAAAGAAAGCAGAGCAACCCCAACCACCACCACCACAGCCACAACCAGAGGUGAAACCACCACCACCUCAAGCAGAGGUUAAGAAACCUGAGGCCGAGGUUCAGACUCCACCACCUGAACCUAAGCCUCAGGUUCAGCAACAAGUGCAACCACAAGUGCAACCACAAGUGCAACCACAAGUGCAACAACAAGUGAUACUACAAGUGAAACCACAGCAACCACCACCAGCACAAGUCCAACAGACGAUUGAAAUCAAGAUGGCAGCUCCAACGGAAGCAGCAGCGCCCAAACCAGCGGCACCACCACCACCUGCUAUUACCCAUGGACCUGUCUUCACUAAGACCCUCUCAGAUGUCACUGUCAAAGAGGGUAAACUAGUCAAACUGGAAUGUGUCGUGAAGGGUCAACCUCAACCAGAAGUCAAGUGGUACAGGGAAGGUACCCUCGUCACCUCAUCCGUGGACUUUGAGAUCAAAUACACCAGUGGCGUGAGCUCUCUCACGAUACCUGAAAUCUACUACGAUGACGCUGGGCAGUACGCAUGCGCUGCCACAAACAGCAAGGGUACCAAAUCUACCUCCUGUAAUGUCAGGGUUCUACCUGGAACCCCACCACCAUCAGCCCAACAAGCUCAACCACCACCGCCAGCACAAACGAAUGCAGUCAAUGACACAGAGCCUAAGAAGCCUAAAGAGAAACUCCCCAUCGGCCCACCUGAGUUCUCCAAGCCCCUCCUCCCUGCCCGCUACACAGAGGGAGGGAAGUGUCGCUUCUCCUGCAAUGUCGGGGGCAACCCAGCCCCUAAGAUCACUUGGCUGAGACAUGGACAACCUAUCGAAUCAGGUUACAGGUUUGUUAUCAAGUAUGAUGAACAGAAAGGAUUGGCCACUCUAGACAUCACCAUGAUUUUGGCCGAGGACAAAGGAGAGUACACAUGUAUAGCCAAGAGCAAGGCUGGUCAGUGCUACCUAACUGCUCCUCUCCUUCCAGGAGCUCAAUACGACCACUGGGCUAAGGAGUAUGAGGAACAGAAAGCCAUUGAGAAAGCCAAGAAGAAGAAGGACGUAGUGAACAGAGAACUUGAGCUUAAGGUCGCUGAGAAAGGAGGCAAGGUCACACCAAGCCAAACUACUUUCCAUGAACCUGAUCAGGAUACACCCCAGAGAAGACCAAGCCUCUCGCCAUUCCUGCAGCGUAUUCAGCAGGAGGUAGAAUAUCGAGAUCGUGCCGAUCGCACCAGCGAGUAUCAACCACCAAUGGAAUGGAAGACAACCAAGUUGUCACCAUUUGAGAGACGUCUUAUGAGAGAGGUGGAGAUCCGUGAACAGGAGACAGGCCCGCGUCCGGGUCCAACUGCCGAUCAGGGCGAGAAGCUUUCUUCAUUUGAAAAUCGUCUGGAAAAAGAGAUUCGAUUCAGGGAGAGGAAGUCGUCUACAGACUUUGAUGCUCCAGAUGCGGGUCCAUUUGAUGUGGCCACAUUUGAAGCUAGCCUUCUGAACCAGAAGCAGCCCCAGGAGAGUGAGAUGAUGGAAGCCGAGACGGAGACUGAGCUCGAGUCUGAGCUAGAGACCUCAGAAGCCAGUCAACAGAGGGCUCCACGCUUCCUCAAGGAACUCAAGAAUUAUAAAGUCCCUGAGGCAGGAAAGAUCUCUCUGAGCUGCCGUGUCGAAGGCAGACCAAAACCAUCUAUCCAAUGGUUCAAGGACGGCUACCCUGUUCCAAAGUCAACUCGCUACGACCUCUCCUACAUGGAAGGCUUCUCCCAAUUCCGCAUCGACCCCAUCCUACCUGAAGAUCAGGGUGCUUACACUGUCUUUGCCUGGAACCAGUUUGGCAAGGCGGUCAAUACCGGUCUGAUCAAGGUUCAGAGGCAAGGGUCAGAUGAGGUCAGUCAUAUGAAAGGUGCCCUUGGUGCUCGUGUCCACAUGGAUGCCGAGGAGUACCACCUCCCUGAUCGUGAGAGGCAACCUGGUGAGGUGAGAGAAAAGCACUACAAACCCACCUUCAAGGUCAUGCCCAGUGACCUUGAGGUGAAGGAAGGCAAACUGGCUAGGUUCAACUGCAGGGUCACUGGUCGACCCCCUCCAGAUCUCGUCUGGUACAGGAAUGAGAUGCCCGUCUACCCAGAUGCCAACCAUAGGGUACUGGUGAAUGAGGGGGGUGAGCAUGCCCUCAUGAUAAGCCACGCCCGCCCUCAGGAUAGUGGUAUGUACACCUGUAUCGCUAACAACAGGGCAGGAGAGACCAAGUUCCAAGUCAAACUCCAUGUAGAUCCUAAGAGGCAGCUGGUGGCACCCUCCUUCAUCGAUCGUGUUGUCAAUGAGACGGUGCGAGAGAACGAAGCCGUGACCUUGACCUGUAAGGUCAGCGGGUGCCCCACCCCUCAUGUCUCCUGGCAACGAGACCAGAAGCACAUCAUGCCUAACGCCGGCGGUUACAGAAUGCAAAUGAGUGAGGACGGAGUGUGCCAGCUGUUCAUUGAGAGAGUCACUCGUCAUGACAGCGCCUGGUACACGUGCACAGCACACAACUCGGCAGGACGCGUCUCCUGUAGAAGUAGAGUCCAAGUGAUAUAUGACAAACUGAUUAAAGAUAAUGAGCCAGCUCCCAUCUUUCAAAGGCGCCCAACACAGAGUAAAAAACCUCCCCCAGCGCCUGAGAAAGAAGAUAUCCCAAGCUAUGUAACACAGUACGAUGGAACACAAGACGGUGAGAAGAAACCAAGCAUCAAGCCGGAGUUCGUCGUCCCACUCAACAACAACCUGAAGAAGAAGGAGGGUUCCAGUGCACACUUUGCCUGCCGCCUCCAGCCCGCCGGAGACCCUACCAUGAGGGUGGAAUGGUUGAAGAACAACACUCCACUCUUCAUCGGAUCAAGAGUACAAACCAAAUACGAGUUUGGAAUCUGCAGCCUGGACAUCAAAGGUGUCUACCCGGAAGACGCCGGUACAAUAACGUGCCGAGCAACCAACAAGUAUGCACAAACUGAGACAACUGGAACGCUGACUUGCGAUGCUGAACAGUCACUUAUUCUGGACACCCAACUACCUGAAGAGAUGAGAGGGAUUGAGAAAACUAUCAAGUUUGAUGAAUACCUCUCAGCGGGUGACUUUCCAGAUGAUAGCAAAUUCCCUUCGGAAGAGUUCUGUCGCCCAGAAUUGGUGACGGUUCCGGAGCCGGUGAGCGUUUUGGAAGGCGAGAGUGCACGUUUCUCAUGCCGGAUCUCAGGAGUACCGGUACCAAGGGUAUCGUGGUUUAGAGAGGAUCUGCAGGUCUUUGGGCAAGGAUCUCGCAUGAGGUCUUGGUUUGACGGUAUACACUACAUGGAGAUCUUCAAGGCCCGUGUUGCCGACUCUGGAGUCAUCCGAUUGGUCGCUCGCAACAAACUGGGUAUGGUGGAGUUCAAGACAAAACUAGAAGUCAAACCAAAGGAAGCCUCACUGCCACUACUGAAGCCAACGCCUAAAGACGAGAAAGUUCUCCAGACCAAGCCAAUGAUGCCUGGAUUACAGAAGAUUCAACAAGCAAAACCACAUGAGAAACCCAAUGAAUUACAGGAGGUAUUCAAGCGACGUUCCCAGCAUGCAGCCCCUUUCCUCCAUUCCCGAAAGCAUGUAGACACCCCAAGGAGGGCCAGUGCUGGCCCUGCCCUAGCAGUGAAGCUUAGACCUGUCGAGAAGCCAUCUCCUGUUGAUUCCUCAAAAGACAGAAACAAACUGUCCUUUAGAGACAAUCUGAGGAGCGUAGCACCCAAGAAAGCUGACAUGCCUCAGGAUGAGAGUGUCAGGAGAUAUCCCUCUCUUGCAGAGAGAAACCUGGCCAAAGAUGACGGUAUUACACCUUUAGUGGUUGAAAGUAAGGGAGUGGAUGGUUUCAAACUUCCUGUUGAUGAAAAAGUUGAAGCACAUGCUGUCACGCCCGUGAGAAGUGUUCCUGUGAAUCUUGAGAUGCUCCAGGAUACAGAGGACAAGGUUCCUGUUGAUGAAAGUGUCACAUCAGAAUCUGUCCACAGUGACGAGAGUAGCGUCACCGAUUUGUACCUGAAACUCUCGGGAAGGGAGAGUAAGCUUUCUGUAGAGGAAAGUGUUACUGCUGAAGUACUCUCAGAUGGUGAUUAUGAAGAGCUAUCCUUGUCAGGCAGACUAGAACAAGUGCCUUCAGACGGUGUUGCCGAUGACUACACUUUGCCCACAUCAACCAUUUCGGAUAGCAAUCAGGCGCUUGAAGAACCACGGGAACCAUCAAGGAGUACGAUGUACUUCCAGCCAGUUCACAGACAAACAAGGAAUGGAGGUAGAUAUAGCGAUUCUGAGACUUCAACCCCCUUAUCUUCAGAAGACUACCUUCCAGCUCUUGAGAUUGAAGCCCUUGAAGAGGAAGUUCAACCAAGGCAACAGAGUCGGCCAGAUCAUUCCAACCAAAACAAUGGGGAUUAUCUGAUUCCCAUUACACGGGAGGAGGUCAAACCAUUGAGAGAAGAGGUUGUUUUUUCACGUCCCCAACCAAGACGUGUCUUUGAGUAUAAUAGUGACACUAAAACUGCUUCAGCUUCGGAUGAUGAAGAUGAUUCAGAGGGAGAGGGAAGAAGCACUCCUAUCAAUCAGGACCAAACAGCCAAUGUUGAAGUCACGCUGGAGUUUCCUCUAAGGGAGGCAGAUGGCCCUGGAAGCAGGGACCUCUUUACAUCCUCAGUUUCAAUGCCUGUCACUGAGAAUGAAGGAACUGACAGAGAGGGCAGGAAUGGGCCAUACAUUGUUGAGCUCAUGCUAGAGAAACCACCAAUCGAAGACGAUAAAUUUGACAGAGCAUUACCAGUAACGGGCAGGUCUCUCGGACCGGAAGGCUCGGACAUGUCCAAAGAUAUCUCAAGUUCACCUUCAUCAUCAUCAUGCAGUUCCUCAGAUUCAGAAGCUUCUUAUGCACGGCAUAUCUAUAGAGACAAUGUAGCUGACAGAGAAAGGAGUGAGCCAUAUAUUGUUGAAGUUAUGCUGGAGAAACCACCUAUCGAAGACGAUAAAGUUGACAGAGCAUUGCCAGUAGGCAGCAGUUCCUUUGUACAAGGACCACGUGAUGUGCACAAGAAGCCUUCAAGUUCUUCCUCAUUUUCUUCUGGUUCCUCAUCAGAUUCAGAAGAAUCAAAGGCAUUACGCAAAGAUGCAGACCAAGAUCAGAUUGAGCCAUAUAUUGUGGAAGUGAUGCUGGAGAAACCACCUAUUCAAGAUAUUAAAUUUGACAGGGCUUUGCCAGUACUAGCCACCGCUUUGAACCAAAGACAACCUGAGAAACUCAAGGAAUCGUCAAGCUCGUCAUCAUCAUCAUCAUCUAGUUCCUCAUCGGACUCUGAAGAAUCAGAUUUGGGAGAAUCACAUGUAGAGCCCAAUGCUAAAAAUAUUGUAGCAGAGGGAGGAGAGAGCAAGCCAUACAUUGUGGAAAUCAUGCUCGAGAAACCUCCUAUUCAAGAUGAAAAACUUGAAAGAGCUUUGCCAGUACUAGCCACCACUUUGAACCAAAGACAACCUGAGAAACUCAAGGAAUCGUCAAGCUCGUCAUCAUCAUCAUCAUCUAGUUCCUCAUCGGACUCUGAAGAAUCAGAUUUGGGAGAAUCACAUGUAGAGCCCAAUGCUAAAAAUAUUGUAGCAGAGGGAGGAGAGAGCAAGCCAUACAUUGUGGAAAUCAUGCUCGAGAAACCUCCUAUUCAAGAUGAAAAACUUGAAAGAGCUUUGCCAAUAUCAACAGACUCCUUUCAACGGGAGCAGUCUGAUAAACACUCUUCAAGGUCGUCAUCAUCAUCAUCAUCAUCAUCCGAUUCAGUAGUCUCAGAGCCAGAGUCUGAGCGGUAUUCCUAUUCUACCACCAUUGCUCUUCUGAGACGGAAAUCAUCACACCUGAAAGAGGACAAACCAGCAGAUGAACGUCUUCCAUCACCAAGGAGAUCUUCAUCAUCUGAUGAACGUCUUCCAUCACCAAGGAGAUCUUCAUCAUCUUCAUCAUCUCGCUCAUCUGACUCGUCUGACUCGGACGUUCCACAGGUUUCACCAACGAGGGCGGAUGAUCGACACUAUACUCCCUUGAAUAUUCAGUUGAAUACAAUGCUUUCAGAUAGAAAUGGGAAGAAUGGACAAAGGGCAUCUUCCAACUCAUCAUCAGAAUAUGAACAUGAGGUACCACAAACCAAAUUAAUGUCCAAGAAAUUGAAACCAAAAGUCCAAGAUACCAAGGAAGAACAAAACAUAAGAUCAUCUUCUUCCCCAUUUUCAUCAUCUCCCUCAUCAUCAACAUCAUCUACCAGUAGCGAUGAAGAAACAAGCACGUCCAGGGCGGGGUUGGUGCUGCAUCAGCAUCAAGACAAUUGGGAAUCUGAGCCAGAAAGAGCACUUGCAAGUCCUACAGAGGAUGUCAGUUUUGAGGUAGUUUUAGGAGUUGCACCAAAAGGCCUUGUUGAAGACGAGGUCAGGGCAGAAAGGGUUGUCACAGUUGAAGCAUUACCACAGCAACAGUCGGAACCAACUGUUGAUGAUGAUGAAGUUGCCUUUGAUGUCAAUGUUGCCGUCAAACCUAGUGAAGAAGAAGAGCAACCUGUGAGGAAAAGCUUCUUUGAUGAUGAUGAAGAUACCUUACCAAUGCUUGUAGGCUCACCCUUUGGAAAGAAAUCCAUUAUUCGUGCAAAGGCAGAUCCUGUGCAGUCCUCACAAUUUGAUCCCAUAAAGCCACAAGUUGAAAUUGAAACCAUGGCACAACAGAAGGACAUAAGUCAAAGUUCUACAGCGGAAAGUGAAGAAGAGGAGGUGGAGGCAGUAACUAAGGAUAAGAUGCUAACAAAAAGGAUCUCAUUUACCCAGAAAAGGGCUCUUAACCCGACUGGGUCCCCAAUCUUCCAGCAACGUCUCAAAGACAUCAAGUGCAAGCAGGGCCAGACCAUCACCUUCAAUGUAGAGUUCACAGGAAUCCCACCAUUCUCUGUGAAAUGGUACCAAGAUGGGUAUGAGCUGGAAGACUCUGAAGACUGUGAGAUCCUGGUGAGCGAUGACUACAGUUCCAUGACGGUGCCAAACACCACACCUGACGACAACAGCAUGUUUGAGGUCCAGGUCAAGAAUGAUCUUGGGGUCGCUGCUUCGACAGCAUUGUUGACAGUGGAAGAAUAUCAGCAGCCAACGCAGACGAUGAUGCAGACGAUACAACCUUCACAGCAGGCACCAAGUUUCCUCAUUGCUCCACCACCCAUGACGGUUGGAGCGCCAGGAGAACCGGUCAGACUGUCCUGUCGUGUUGGAGGAUUCCCUGUGCCAAAGGUCAUCUGGUCAAAGGAUGGUCGUCUUUUGACCAAUGUGCCCAGAAUGAAAAUCCUGCAGGAUGAAGAUGUCCACACUCUGCUGAUCUUGGAAUGUCAGCCAGAGGAUGCAGGAAACUACACCAUCGAGAUCGUCGCCCCUAGCGGCAAGAAGACACACUGCUUCAAGAUCCAGAUCGAAGGUGACAAGCCAGAUGACUUUGAGCCUCAGUACGGAGCCCAACCCCAUCACCACCCCGAGGUGCAGCCUAUCGGACAUGCCAAGCUGCCUGAGUUCAGGAGCGUGCUCACCGACUGCAUGGUGCCCGAUGGAAGCCCUGUGGAACUCGCCUGCGAAGUCGUUGGAUCACCACCGCCUGUAAUAAACUGGUACCACGAUGGAGACAUCAUCAAACCAUCGCGCUACUUCCGCAUGAGCUACGAUGACUGCAUUGCUCGACUCCAGAUCAACGAGGUGUUCCAAGAGGAUUCUGGGGAAUAUCUCUGCGAGGCCUUCAACAACGCUGGCCGCAUCUCCUGCAGCGGGAUCCUGAGCGUACAAGGUGAGUCAGAGUGGGAGUCGGAAGAACUCUAGAGGGGGCACUCUCUCUAAUUCUAUCACCUUGAAUUCAAACACUGCUGUUAUAUAACACCUUCUUGGAUUCAACUUAAUCAUUCUUUCUUUUUAUAUUCGUGUAAUCUCAUCAACUUGUAUAACCUCUUUAAUAUUAAUCAACAAGGGACAUUCUUUUUUUCUGUAACUAUCUUUCAAUACAGAGUAGCAAUAUUUAAAGGAUUAUUUUACUGAUCAUCCAUGAUGUCAUAUCUGAUAUAUUAUAGAAUCUAGUGCCUUAACAAGGGACUUUGUUUUUUUCUGUAACUAUCUUUCAAUACAGAGUAGCAAUAUUUAAAGGAUUAUUAUAUUGAUCAUCCACGAUAUCAUAUAUAUCUGAUAUAUUAUAGAAUCUAGUGCCUUAACUUGUAAUCAUACACUGACCCCAUUCCUAUACUUGGGUCAUUUACAUUUAGGCUUCAUAGGUUUAUAGUUAUCAUUUCUAACAACUACCAACAUCUUUCAUUAAAACUCAUUUAAAAAUAUUCAGGAAGCCUCACUAUCUUUUGAAAUUACCCAUAGUUGAUCUCCUGUACUGAGCAUAUAUGUAAAUGGUGUAAAAUGUAAUUAUUAUAAUUUAUCUCAUGGAGUGAUGUGUGUAACACGUUUUUUGAUGUACAUGUAACAAGAGAAAUUUAGUACUGAAAUAUUGUUACAAGAGCAAUACAUGUUUGCCACUGUUCUAAUAUUUUAUUUGAUGAUUGGUGUGUCUGUUCUACAUGUAUAUCAUCGUGUACUUCAAGAGCUGUCUUCUGAAAGCUGUAAGGUUGUUGAUUGAUGUGUGUAACUUCUUGAAGAGGAAAUAACCAAACGGUUGUAAAUAUUUUGUUACCAAAUUUCUCUUGCUCAUUACCACUUGAUUGUAACUAACAACAUAUUCAAAAGCCGUAAAAUCAUUAAGUAGGGGUGGAUAAAAUAUUUUGCAUUUGUGAUGGAUACCAAAAUUCAGAUGAGAAGUAGGGUUGUCGAGUGAUCCUUUCAAGUACGCCCUAACAAUGUUUUGGAAUUCCUACUAAAACAAACUGUUUUUGUCUUCUGUUGUUUGCUGACUUUAAUAACAAACUAAACCAAAUUUUUUAAAUCUAUCGAUAAAUCAUUAUUUUCUUUGGCAGGAUAAAGGUCAUGAUGUCAUGCAUGUCAGCAAGCAAUGCAAAGAAAGCCUUUUGCAUUUCAAAUAAAAUUGAUGGACCCCAACACCCUUGAAAAUUAUGUCAAUGAAUUGUAAUAUGAACAGAAAUGUACAUCAUAGAAUGUCAUGGAUGCACAGCAAAUCAAUCAACCAGAAAAUAUCUUUAAGAUUAUGUGCAUUUGUAGGUAGAUUAUAGUGACGUACCAUUCGUUAUUAUUGGCUUGUGGAUAUGUUGUUUGAUUCAAAUGUUUAUUUACUCGCUGUCAAACCCCGCUUCAAUUUUCUUCUAAAUUUAAAGUAAGAUGUUUUAGCUCUCUUAUUAAUAGCUUAUGGAUAGAAAGAAUAGAAUCACAUUUUUCUACUUUAAAUGCAGAAAGUAUCAAAGUAGUAUUGAUACAUUAUAUUUUUUAAAUAUUUGAAUGCACGACUAGUAUGCAUGUUUUUAUGAGCACAUCAGAGCUAAAUUGUUGACGUACGUUGCAUAAGCAGCAAGCUAUGAAGAAAAGCGGAACGCAUUCUAAGAAGGAAAUUGAAAAUGGGGUUUGACAGAGACUUAGAUCAAGAACAUUAUCGUGUUCAUACUGAAUGUUCUUAUACUGAAUAUUCUAAGAAACCAUUAAUUUCUCAAGGAAGCAAGUGAAAACAAACCAUAAGACGUAAAAACAGUAACAGAGGCUUCAGAUUUUUUUCCUGUCCGUUACGCCAUCGGAGUAAAUUUAGCUUUCUUAAUUGCACCUACACUGUUUGCACUAGAUAUUUUAAGUAUCUUAAGUUAAAUGCACCUAUAAUUUCAAUCGUGGUAUUGCUACAUAGGAAGAUAAUGUAGGUGAUAAAAGAGAAUGUCUUGGCUGUGGGAAGGGAUUCAACUGGACAAAUCUGGAACUGUUUGAAAGUAUUCGACAAAUGCUCAGUGCAUUGCUGCAAAACUUUCCUCCGUGGUGUCACGAUUGUGCAUAUCCUAUGCUCAUUCCUAUUUCAGAUUUUGAUGUUGUAAAACUUUCCUCAAGGCAACAUUCAUUCUUAAUAAAUGUUUUAGACUCUUCUGAGGGAUUUAUGAUUUAAUUCAUAACUUUUGACAAGAAUGUACCAAGCUCUUCCAAAUAUUUGUACUACACUGCCAGACUGCAUAGUACUCUUAACAUAUUUUGACUGCCAAAAACAAGGAGUAUAUGAAAAGUUUAAUUUUGAAUAUGUAACAUACUCAGUGCCAUCGACAAACAUAAACCAUAAUGUAUAAAUUUGUUCAUAACAUUUUGAUAAGGGAUGUUUUACUAAGGUAGUUGCAUUCAUGCACUGUUUGAUUUUGAAUUUUCGUCUAGAAGUGGUUUAGAGAAAAAAAUAUGCAUUUCUUUUUCUUUUCUUUCUAUGAAAGUGGACUCAUUUAGAACAAUUUUUUCUGAAAAGAAAAAGUGGUAUCACCGCUUGUGCCUUAUGUUAUUUUGCAGUUCAGAUAAUACAAAAAAAAAUAUAAAAAUACAAAAAUAAAUAAAACAUAUUGUUAAAAAAAAAUCUAUAAAAACAAUGAAUUUGAUAAAAAAUUUGAAUGUAUGUCAUUAUCACAAUUUCAUUAUUUUUUAUCACAGUCGUUAAUGGUAGGCAAUAUGGAGAUUUUAAAAAGUGCAUUGGAUAUAUACCUUGCCAGAAUAAGAAUUUAUGUAUCUGUAGAUGUGUGCAAUAGAUAGGCUAGAUAGUUUUGUGAAAAGUCCAUGUAGUGAUACUUGCAUGCUCACCUUUAAAUUGUCAAAUUGAUUUUGGCUUAAUUUGGUGCAAUUUUAUUGGAAGAGAAUUUGAAUUUAGAAAAUUGUGCAGAUAUUGGUGAAUCAUGAAGUAGAAAGUUUGCUCUUUUGAUGGAAGUUGAAAAAACUUCACGGAGGAAAUUAGAAGGCUCCAGAUGAAAGAUGACGCAAGCACGUGGUAUUUGAGUGAAUUCAGUUUAUUUACAACUAUAAACUUAUAUGUAAUUUAAGAACUUGUAUUCAUUUCCUUAUAUCUAUGUAUAAAUUGUCAUUUAUUUAAUUCAUGUUUUUUACAUUAAUGUGAUUCGAUCAUGUGUUGAUCAAUUUUGUCUAUGAAAGCUAUAUAGCUGCCUCUGUUGAUAAACCUUUUUUUUCUUAAAAACUGCACCUAUGUCUUCCUCUUUUAAAGAGCAAAAUCAGUGCUUGAAAAUACAGUACUUGUGUCAAUUAUAUUGACCAGACCUUUACUACAUGCAGUGAUUACCUUAAGAAAAAAGAUAGUGGGUUACGUGUAAGUGUAGUUUAAUACUGAGUAUAACCUUGUUAUUGUGUGUUUAGGUAGUGCAAUUUUGGCAAUAGUGAUACAAGUUAAAAGGUUUAUUUUACUGUUUUCUUUCUUUAUACUUUUUAAAAUCAAAUUGGACAAAAGGGAAUGUAAUUGGUACAUUUGAUCUUGCAAUGCCUAAUUGGCCAUGCCUUUCAUUUUGGACGUUCAGAACCAAACAAGUUAUCAAUCUUGAUUUUGUUUUUCUUCCAAAAUUUUAUUUAAAAAUAUUUGUGGAGGAUUAGAUUGCGUCUAUUAUUUAUUCAGUAUAGAUGGUAUGAAUUUUUGUUCUGUAUUAGCUUCUUUAUGUCCCUUUUAUUAAAGAAUAUUGAUUUAUGCAUUAAAGGCUACAGUAGCAUGAUGUGUGAAAGAGCUAUA